UUCUUUUUUUUUCUCUAUUGCCAAAUCGCGACGAUUCACGAGAGUAAGAUAUUAUCGUUAUCGUAUCGUAUAAUAUAGAUAACGUACCGAGAACGCCGUUGCAGCGUCUACAGUCAUUAAUUUCUCGCAUUACCGUCUCUGAUUUCGUAUUGUUCGUCGUAUUCUUAUUAUUUGUGUGUGUGUGUGUGUUAUAUAUAUAUAUGUAUGUGUUAUGCGAUGGUAUAUCCGUGUAAAGUUAUGUCGUAAAAAGGACGUCAUUUAUUUUUUCAAGCGUUUGUGCCGUCGAUGCGAACGACGAACGACGAGCUACGAACUACGAACUACGAACAACGAUUUAUGAUUUGAACGAUAAAAAAGAAAAAGAAAAAAAAAAUAAAUAAAUAUAGAUACACAAAUAAACGUAUAUAGAUAGAUCAUACACAUAGAUACAAGGUUACAAGGUGCAUCAGGAUCUCGCUUGUUUAUACGUUAAGUUAGUUUUAUUAGAAACGAUUUAUCCGGUUCGAUAUGACGUACACAUACUAUUUCACGUUGACAAUAAUAUUAGUGCUGACGUGUAUAAUCGUCAAGUGUUAUGUCAUUGAAGAAACGAAACUUUUGAGAUUGUGCGUACCACAAAACUCGUGCGAGAGUUGUCUGGAGGCUCAUGAUGCUUGUGCCUGGUGCAGUGAUUGGUCUUAUUCGAAUUCUACUAUCGGCAAACCAAGAUGUAAUUUACCAGAGCGAUUGAAUGAAUUUGGUUGUCCAAUAACGGAAAUUAGGAAAGCUCCAAGUGGAUACGUCGAAUAUAUAAAGAACGAAGAUUUUCAAGAUGUUUCGAUGAAUCAUUUGCCGGUACAACUUAAGCCGCAAAGAGUUCACGUCAAAUUACGACCGAAUUCGAAAAUGGAAAUGAAUCUUCAGUAUCGACCGGCUAAAAAUUAUCCUUUAGAUCUGUACUAUUUAAUGGAUUUAACAUGGUCGAUGAAGGACGACAAAGAUACCCUCGUUGGUUUGAGUAGAAAAAUGACGGAUACCUUGGGAACAUUUACCGAUAAUUUUCGUCUUGGUUUUGGUAGCUACGCCGAUAAGCCAUUGAUGCCCUUUAUAUUUCCAGGACAUGAAGAUAAUCCUUGUAGAAGCGAAUAUGCAACAUGUGCACCGCUUUAUUCGUUCAGACAUCAUCUUCCAUUGACGGGAGAUGUCGAUCAAUUCGUACGUAAGGUAAACAACAGCGACGUCACAGGUAACGUGGAUAAUUUGGAAGGUGGCCUUGAUGGAGUGAUACAAGCUAUCGUUUGCGAAGAUGUUAUUGGUUGGGGACAUCAAGCUAGAAAGUUGAUGCUUCUUGCUACCGAUGGUUAUUUACACUUUGCCGGUGAAGGAAAGUUAGGCGGAGCUGUAAAUCGACAGGAUUUUAAAUGUCAUCUCGAUAAACACGGCCAAUAUUCUUUAGCUAAGGAAUACGAUUAUCCUUCGUUAGCUGAAAUAUCAAGAUUACUUCACGAUCAUAAAGUCAAUUUGAUAUUCGCAGUUACGGAGGAUCGCCGAGAGGAAUACGAAUUGAUAUCGGAUUUAUUAAAAGAGAAAGCCAGAGUCGCUACUUUAGCAGCUAACAGUUCUAAUAUAUUAGAAAUCAUUGAGAGCGCCUAUCACGAGAUAGUUACGAAAUUAGUUUUACGGGAUAACUCAACUAAUCCCCUCAAAAUGGAAUAUUUUUCCAAUUGUGGAAGGGACGAUGUUCCUAUCGUAAAUAAAGCGGAAUGCGACGGUAUUCAGGAAGGUCAGGUUUACGAGUUCAAGGUCGUUUUUUCGAUGGAAUCAUGUCCAAGAAACGAAAGCCUUUGGAAACAAACAGUAGUAAUUGACGACGCGUUGGCAUCAGAAGCGUCUGAAAUAAUCGUCGAAGUGGAACUAUUAUGCGGUUGCAAUUGCAAAGAUCAGGAGAGUUCGCAUUGCAAAAAUGGCGUCAACGAAUGCGGCAUAUGCAAAUGCGAUCCUGGAUGGUCCGGAGAGACCUGCGAUUGCGACGAGAGUUCGUGGAUUAUUAAUCGUUUGCAAUGCAUAGCAUUUAACGGGACAACUGAAAUUUGUUCAGGAAGGGGCGAAUGUAUCUGUGGUAGAUGCAAUUGCGAUCUCGGUUACAAAGGACAAUUUUGCGAAUGUUCUCCUUGUGACAAGACCGACGGUAUCGAAUGCGGCGGACGUGGAACUUGCGAAUGCGGUAUAUGCAAUUGCAUAGACGGUUGGAAAGGAGAUGGUUGUCAAUGUCCUUCGGACGAUAAACUAUGUAUUGCACCAGGAAGCGAUGAAGUUUGUGGUAAUCACGGUUAUUGCGAUUGCGGACAUUGUAGAUGUAACACAACAGCACCCGAUGGCCUAUUUUAUCGUGGAACUUUUUGCGAAUCAUCAGCUAGCACCGGUGGUAGCGAUCUUUGCGUUCUUUAUGACUCUUGCGUUAAUGCCACCGUAGAGGGUUCGCAAGAUGUUGAACAACUGUGUCAGACCAAUACCACUUUUUAUCAAAUUCAAAAAGUGGAUAACGUCAAUACAGGAAAUGAACAUUAUUGCUUCAUUAGAACUAUCAAGGAAAGAACAACGUGCAUCAUUCCUUACAUUUAUCAUUUUAACAAGGACAACACGGUUACAUUAAUAAUCGCUGAUAAGUCCUGUCGUACGUCCUUACACGUGGCUCUGAUACCUGGGAUCAUAUUUCUAGCGAUAGUAAUCAUGGGUAUUGUUGGUUUAUGCAUAUGGAAAUGUUGGACCGCCAUACAGGAUAAAAGAGAAUACGCUAAAUUCGAACAGGAAAGACAGAAAACAGUAUACUGUUUGGACGAAAAUCCAUUAUUUAAACCUGCGACGACACGAUUCGAUGUACCAGCUUUGUUCAACGACAAUUGAUCGAAAAAGAAAUAAUAAUCGUGAUCGAAUUUUUAUUAGAUAGAGUAGAUCAAUCAAUUGAGAUUAUUUAUUUGAUAGAAUGUUUGAAAAAUAAGUCGAAUUGGAUAAAAUCGAUAAAGAUGAUUGCACGGGAACGUUAUCGGACGUCGUUGCUCGACAUGUUUCGGUCCAAAAAUGAUUGUUAGGCAUGAAGUAAAUCGACUGCAGUUACGAAAACCAAAAAGAAGAAAA